AUGAGCGAGGCAGCCAAGCCUACACUUUAUCCGCGAUACUGCUUUCAUCUAUCGCCAACCGUGAAUACGUGGUGCCUGUUGCACGCUGCCGAAAUCCAUGCUUUAGAUCAGCAUGCCGGCUUUGACGCCGAAAACUUCUUUUUCUACAGAAAUCUCCCGAUAAAAUGGGUGCGCAUCGUUGGCAUCGUCGUCGCCGUCGAACAGUUCCUCAACCGACGACUUUAUACUAUUGAUGAUAGCAGCGGCAGAAAUAUUGUCGCCCUAACUACAUCUCCAGUCUCUGCAAAGUCAAAGAAUGAAUCGGUAGCUUGUGAAUUGCGAGCGAAUACAGAAGCACGAGCGGCUGAUCUGCAGCAGGCAGACCCCUACGCAGAUGUUGAUGUAGGCACGGUAGUUGACGUGAAGGGGGGAUUGUCAUCUUUUCGCGACGAGCGACAGAUCAACGUCGAAAAGAUGGUCAUUGUGAAGAGCACGGCUCAAGAAGUGGUGCUCUGGGAAAAACGAACCAAAUUCCAUCGCGAGAUCCUGGAUGUCCCUUGGCUGCUUCGAGAUAGGGAUAUACAUCGAUGUCGUCGGGAAGCAGAACGUUCCCAGGCAAAAAAAGAGCAGAAGAGGAUAAAGGAGGAGGAGAAGAAAGUUGGAACAAGAGAAACAGAUACGAAGCUACCUGUAAGAGGUUUGAAAAGAAAAGGCUCUCGUGAUGACGGCGCGGCCAAGAGAAUGCGGAUGAUUAUCCAGGAGAAUGCAUUAACAGGGAAAUACAGUGCUCUUGGACUAUAG